AUGCCAAAAUUUUCAAAAAAACAUAUUCAAAUGAUACAACUAACUGCUAAUCAUGAGAAAACCAAAAGACUUAAGAAAUUCGUGGAUACUUUUCAAUGUCUUGAUGAAGAUUUUAAUAACGUCCUAGAGUUUAUAUGCAGUAUUAAAAAAGAAAAUAUAUUAGAAACUCCAAAUUCUAAUAAACAGCUUAUUGAACCUAUUAAUGGCUUAGAUAAAGAAGAAGUGUUAGAAACUCCACAAUCUAAUGAACAGCUUAUUGAACUUAUUGACGGCUUAGAUGACAAUGAAAAGAAAGAUGCUAAAAAACAUACAGUAAGAUAUCCACGAGGCAAAAAUAAAGGAAAAAUUAUAUCUCAAUAUUUGCAGCAGCAAUUGGUUGAAGUACUUUCUAAUCCCUUUUAUCAAAGCUAUUCUGCCUUAAAAGAAGA